UUCAGAAAGCUGCAGAGUUAUAGAAAUGGGACUAGAGUUGCUGAAAGAGAUAGUGGGGGAAAAUAUUUUGGGGGAAACAUCAAUGGCCCAAGUGUGUUUCUGACUGACGACAGCCAGUCAGAACAAAAUGCAAUUAGAAGGUGCUUCCCAAACACAAAAGCUUUGUUGUGUAUAUUCCAUGUCCUGCAGGCAGUGUGGCGCUGGCUUCUCAAAGCAAAAAAUGCUAUACCACAGCAAAAACAGUGCGAGUUCUUCCAGAAUUUCAAAAAAAUAAUGUUUGCGCAAACAAAAAAUGAAGCAGUGGUAAACUAUAAUGUAACAAGAGUGAACAUCGGUGAAAAUAAUCAAAAUUUAUUGAAAUACUUGGAAGGGUGUUGGGAUAGGCGAGGACUGUGGACCCUUUCACAUCGGCGAGGUAUGCUUAUAGAAGGGCACAACACAAAUAAUAUAACUGAGGCCUUCACGAGAAUUUUAAAGGAUAGGAUUAUUGAGAGAGUGCGUGCCUUCAAUGUGGUUCAGAUGGUGGACUUUUUUCUCACAAAGGUGAAUUUGUAUUUUCAGAGGAGACUUCUUGAUGCUGCUAAUGGAGCAAGUCCUAAGUCUUUCUGUAGGCCUAAAAAGGCUCCUUCACAGGAGAUUCUAGCAAAAAUCAGACAAGUCAAUGAGGAUGUUCUGCUCAUUCCCAGUGAAGAAAGGGAGAAUCAUUAUUACAUUGUUAAUAUGGCUGUUCUUGUUUGCACUUGUUGCCAAGGCAAUACAGGGAAGAUCUGCAAACAUAUAGACUGGGGAACUACAGGGAGGUGACGGAUAGUGACAGUGUACGCAGACUGUAUUAUUUUAUUGCUACAGAUGAGGAGCCUCCUGAAGCGUGGCUAGAGCCUCUGUAUUGCUCUCAGAAUGCAGGGGCUUCAAGUUCUUCGGAACGUUUGGAGCAAACGGACACAGGUUUGCUCUGUGAAAGCCAAGAAGAGAUGCCAGAGACACUUCACAUGGAGACAGUUCCAGACAAUACAAAUAAUGAUUUAAUCGACGAGAUAAAAGCUCGUCUCAUAGAUUUUUCAAAUAAAUCCCCUGAGGAAAUGAGGACAGGCCUUGAAGUCAUGUGCGAAAAAGUGAGAAAGCUUGCAUCUUAUUUGGCAAAUUUUGGUGAAGGAAAAUCUAGAAAAAAUCGCGGUAACUAUAUUCCCGUUCAGUCCACUGCAAUAAGCAGAAGAAAAAACAAGUUGGCAGGUCGCAGAUGUCAUCCGGGGGGAAGACAAAGACCACACUCUAAGCAAAGCGAGGAAUUUGUAAAGACAGUAGAAAUUUCUGAAAUGGCUACCUUUCCACCACCAGCUACGCAGUCAUCCCAGUCAGCUUCAGACUUUUGAAGGUGCGCGACUGUUUACUGCAGCAUAGUGUGUAGGAUUUUCUUAAUCUGAGAUCCAACGUAAUGGAACUAUUAAGGGAAUGAUUCUAGUAAGUUUUUUCUUAAAGCUCAGGCCUAGCCUGACUGCUGAAAUAUAUUAAGUUUUUUUUGUUGUAGCUAGGGUCUGACCCGAUUAUUCCCGGCGGGGUCAGGGAUUUUCUCUGCCUCGUGAUGACUGGGUGUUGUGUGAUGUCCUUAGGUUAGUUGGGUUUAAGUAGUUCUGAGUUCUAGGGGACUGAUGACCAUAGAUGUUAAGUCCCGUAGUGCUCAGAGCCAUUUUCUAACCCGAUUAUUGAAAUAAGCUUUUUCUUAAAGCUCAGACCAAACUUACUAUUGAAAUAUAGAAGUUCUUCUUUAAAUUGGGAUAUCCCAACAAUGUGGAUACUUAUUGUGUAUGUUGCACAAGUUUCAGGGAAAUGUGAAUUACCUUUUUUUAAAAUGUAAACUACAUUUUAUAUUCUGCA